CAUCACCACCGUUCCUCUGGCUGUAGCUGCCUGCUAAUCUCUGUCCGCCUGUCCCUGCUCCUCUGAGUUCAGAGUUUGAGAGUCCGGUUAAUGCAGUCUGUGAUCAUGAAGAGCUCCAGAGAGGCCGUCCAGUCUGCAGCCAGAGAGUUCCUGCAGUUUGUCAACAAAGGAGUGUCUCCAUACCACGUGGUUGAAGAAUGCAGGAGUCGUCUGUUGGCUGCCGGCUUCACUGAGCUGAAGGAGACGGAGAAAUGGAACAUCGAGACCACCAAGAAGUACUUUGUGACCAGGAACUUCUCCAGCCUCAUCGCCUUCGCCGUGGGCGGACAGUACCUUCCAGGGAACGGCUUCUCCAUGAUCGGAGCCCACACGGACAGCCCCUGCCUCAGGGUGAAGCCGAGGUCUAAGAGGACGAAGCAGGGAUGUCUGCAGGUCGGGGCUGAGUGCUACGGGGGUGGAAUCUGGAACACCUGGUUUGACCGUGACCUGACCAUUGCAGGCCGUGUGAUGGUGAAGAGCGAUGGCAGGCUGUUUAGUAAGCUGGUUCACGUGCCCAGACCUCUGCUCAGGAUCCCUCACCUGGCCAUCCACCUGCAGAGAGACAUCAACGAUUCCUUCAGCCCCAACAAGGAGAACCACCUCGUGCCCAUCCUCGCCACGGCCGUGCAGGAGGAGCUAGAGACGGGCUCUGCAUCCUGUGGAGACGCCUCCCUCGCCACCAGCACGGCGGAGAAACACCACCCGGCGCUGGUGAAGGUGCUGUGCUCAGAGCUUGGCGUGGAGCCUGAAGCUCUGCUGGACUUUGAGCUGUGUCUGACCGACACUCAGCCCGGGGCGCUGGGCGGCGUGUAUGAAGAGUUCAUUUACUCUCCUCGCCUGGACAACCUCCACAGCUGCUACUGCGCCCUGCAGGGUCUGUUGGAGUCCUGCUCCGGGGAUUCUCUGAUCUCAGAUCCCAACGUCCGUAUGAUCACUCUGUACGACAACGAAGAGGUGGGGUCACAGAGCGCUCAGGGAGCCCAGUCCAACCUGACUGAGCUGAUCCUCAGCCGCCUCGCCGCCUCCCCCUCCAACGUCACCGCCUUUCAGCAGGCGGCGCCGCUCUCCUUCAUGAUCAGUGCUGACAUGGCGCACGCCGUGCAUCCCAACUAUGCGGAGAAACACGAGGAAAACCACCGACCAACUUUCCACAAGGGCCCGGUGAUCAAAUUCAACAGCAACCAGCGCUACGCCACCACCGCCGUCACCGCCUCCAUCGUCAGAGAGGUGGCCAGCAGGGUGGGCGUGCCUCUGCAGGACGUGAUGGUCCGUAACGACAGCCCGUGUGGAACCACCAUCGGACCCAUCCUGGCCGCCCGCCUCGGGAUCCCCGUGCUGGACAUCGGCGCUCCGCAGCUCUCCAUGCACUCCAUCAGAGAGAUGUGCUGCACCUCCAGCGUCCUGCAGAGCACCACCCUCUUCAAGGCCUUCUUUGAGCUGUUCCCCUCCAUCAGGAGCGCCGUGGUGGUCGACUAGAACCAGGACGCCACGGUCAUCAAGCUCUGACACAUGCAGGACCCAGCACUUACUGAUGAUGACCUUUGACCUCAUGUUUUUGAUGACCAUGAGGAUGACCCUCACAUACUCUGAUUUCUCACAUUUCCUCUCAGUGAACGAGCACUUCCUCUUCUUUCUUAUGAAAUAAAAGAGUUUUGGACA